AUGUGCAACAGUGAAGAAAAAUUGCUACAAAAUCAAUGUGUAGCAAAUGUUUUACAAAUAUAUUUAAAUGAUUUCAAAGAAACCAUUUGUGAUAUUGGAUUGAUAACUUAUCGAUUGAGUAAGACAUUGAUCCGAUCAUGGAUCAUGAAAAUUACUCAAUUUCCUAAAAAUGUUGUCGAAUCAUCAGUUCAGGAAUUCAAACACUUCUUUGAUUUGGGACCAAUACCAAAUGAUUUUGAUUAUUCAUUUUUGACGAUUAGUAAUUUCUGGGAUUAUAUUAUUAUUAAUGCAAAAUGUUAUGGUGAAAAUUUUGCCAAUUCUUACAUUGGUCAUGUAAUACUAUCAAAAUUUGCAGCAAGCAAUAUGCUAUCUUUUAUUUUUUUGCAUAUUUUACUACCAAAAUUAGCAUUUCUUUUACAUCGUAAAAUAUCAAUGCAAACAUUCGGUUUAUCAGAACGAAGAUUUUGCGCUCUAAUAUUAUCAUUUAUGAUAGGAGCAGGUACACAUCAAUUAUAUUUAAAAUGGCAACAACCUAUCCUACCUGUACCGCCAUAUUAUUCACCAUUUGUGGUAGCAUUUGUUGUUGAGUUUAUUUGUCCAAAAAUUGGUCAAAACCGCCGAAAAUUCUUAUCUUAUCCGAUAUGUUCAGCAACAUUGUUAUGCAUUGUAUAUGGUAUUUUUUAUCAACAAUUUGAUUUCAUUUAUUUAUUUUCAACAAUUGUUGCUAUCGGCUUUACAUUUGCAAAUUUGCAACGAUUAUUAGGAAAAGGCUAUUAUCGAAGCGACUAUGCGUCAGCUCACGAUCACAUAGCACUGCCAAUAAAUUCCAUGUACAAUCAGCUCAUAUGCACUAUACUUUUCGGCACUUAUAUUCCUAAUCGAGCACCACAUGAAGCUAUUCCCGAUGCUUUUGAGGAACAAUAUACAAUGAUUGCACAUUAA